AUGGAAGAGAGGAGGGAGAGCACAGAGGAGCGCGCCGGCGAUGCGCCGACGCUCGCUGAAUGGUCUGGGGAGGUUCGCAACAUUGUCUACUCAUCUGAUCGGAAAUCUGUAUAUGUUGUUGAUCGUCUGUUGUACGUGGUGCAGGGCCCGCUGAUGGUGGGCCUCGUCGACGAGACCAAAAACGAGCUGUACGCGCGGACGCUGCAGACGGGCGACAUGUUCGUGUUCCCCAAGGGCAUGGUGCACUUCCAGUUCAACGGCGGCGAACACAUGGCGCGCGCCUUCUCGGCCUUCGGCAGCGCCAGACCCGGCACCAUCUCGCUGCCCGUUACGCUCUUCGUGUCCGGCAUCCUGGACGCUGUCCUCGAGAAGUCGCUCCACAUCGACGAGGCCACCGUGCAUGCGCUCGAGCACGACCUGGCACCACCCGCUCCCGCUCCCGCUCCGGAUUCCCCUCCGGCGCCCAAGAACGGUGCCGCAUCGCUGGUGCCGGCAUGCUUCUCGCUCCUGGUUGGCUUCGCAGCCGCAUUAUUGUUGCCUUGA